CCUCUUCCCCCAACUGAUGUGACUGUCUGUGCUUCAUCUCUGCAGGUCUACCUUUACCUUCUCAAACCUCCUGUCCCACAUACUCUUGGUCUUUUCCGUUGUAUUUAUACCUUCAAUUCGCCCUUGUUUAAAUAUUCAAAUCAAAAGCUGUUCCUUCAACAGUCUAUACGCACGCAAAAUGUACACUUCUUCGACCAUGUCUUCACCAUCACGACGUGCACCUUUGAGAAGGACCAGCUCUCCAGACGCCCUAUUCCUAGCACCACCACACUCUCACGACCCCAGUCAUGUUUCCCAUGUGGCUGCUUUGCCCUCCUCUAUGCUCUUACAACUCCCAGAGGCUGUGCAGGAACAACUGUGGACCUUGCAGGAAUCGACCUCCAUUGUAUACGCUUCUUACAUCAGACUACAAGAGCUACUAGACGAGCGCUUCGACCGCCUCGUGGAGUUGCCCUUUGGAAGGAAAACAGGCACCGUCAGCUACUCUGAAGGUGCAUUUUUCAACUAUGUCAACCAUCUUGCUGCAGAACGUCGAUAUUUGCUCGAGGAUGCUCACCCUGACUGGAAGCACAAAGCAUCGCGAGCGGGGUUACAGCAAUACGGAGAUCUUUUGCUGACAUUCCGCGGCAAAGAGAUGACGGUAGCCGAAUGGUUUUCUCAGCUUCAAACGGCCGAGGCGUUCUGGACCCAUGCAGCCAAGGAAACGGAGCUUCCCGACUUUGAGUCAACCAUUCUCGAAUAUCAAUCUCAGACCACAACUCCCAGCAGCGAAUGCUCAGAUGAGGCCGAGGAUUUAAGCGGGGCAGCGGUUCCAGCCGGAAGAGAAGUCGUCGACUCGGAACGGCUUGGACUUGGGAUCUCCAAAGCAUUGGGGGAGAUAUGAUAUAGGAUCACUGGUGGUCUGACGUAUCAAAACCCAAGACGAGGCUUCACAUGUUCGACUUUUGUGACACAACGACUUUAUCGUUGUGCCCAGGAACGUACUCCAUGAUAGUGCGAAGCACCCAAUAACGCGACACAUGACGGAUAUGCUUGGGCAGGGGUUUUAAUGAAUCUAAUGAUAUUUCAUCCAUCCAGAUAACGAGCUGCAUAAGGUUAUCGAUCAACAGGAGCGCGCAGAGACGAUCAUGCAGCACGCAGAUUUUACUUUUUUCUUAACAGGAGGAGAUACAUCUCCUUUGGUGUUGAAGCGUUGGAGCGUGGUCAUGCUGUACUACACGUGGAUUACAUUGUUGGUAGCUUUUUUGGGGCAGGGGCCGGAUUCAGUAUGUCGUGUAACAGAAGAUUCCAGACCUCAGUGUACGCGUACAUCGUGUGUACUCGCACAUGGAUGAAUUUGAGCGAUUUUGUUUUUGGCAGUUACGAUACGAACUGUGAUGGGGCCAACGCUUAAGCAGGGAAAUGAUCGGAUGAUGGUGAGUACCGCGUGUACACAGUACUACGGAGAACGGAGUAUGUACAUCCUGGUGAUCCCGACUCCCUUGGAGACUUCGUAAUAUUCAGGAACAAAGCGUGCAAAGCCUGACCACCUUGGCUGCAUACGAAUAUCAUGCUCUGCUCGAACCCUUAGCGUCGAAAUAAGCUGAGCUUAUACCAACAAUUUCUGCUCU